CAAAACCCAGUCCUGGAGGGCCACUGUCCUGCAGAGUUUAGCUCCAACUUAAACCAGAGUGUAACUUCCGUGGACUUCACCUAGCUAGAAAAAAAUUAAUAAUCAUAUUUUUUAUAACUCCUGCCUUGAUCAACACAAAAUAGGUGUCUUAGAGCCUGAACUUGAAUAUAGCCAAUUUGAUUAACUCCUAAGUACUGUUUAGUUAUUUGCUGAAAAAUAAAAAAAGAGUUUUCAUUAUUUAUGAAGUAUUGUUUUAUACUAUGUACUGCAAUAUGUCAAAAACAUGAUGCAGCUCAGAUAUCAUGUGUCAAAUGUCAUUUGAAAGUUCUCACUGAGUAGAAUACAACAAGCAUAAUUGUUUUGGGCUUUGACUAACAUGCUCCGAUUGUGAAAAUCUACACAUCUUUAUUUACAGCAGAUUCUCACGAUUACAAUGAGGCCAUCAACACAAUGCAAUAAGUAGAUCACAAUAAAUUCCUCACAGAAUUCUGACAUAUAAAAUUAUUGGGUAAACAAUAAGACUACCUUGGUUUCCAAUGGUGUAACAUUUGAUUACUUUAUGCUAUCACAAAAAACUUUGACCCAGAUGCAGCUCACAUGCAGAGGACCUUCAAAAAAGGAUUUUUGUAUGCCAUUCAGAAAAAACAACUCUGAAAAAUGUCAUUAGGGCUUAAGAGGUUAACAAAUGCCUUGCUGUUAUUAUUCACUUUGUUUUCUCUAGAGCACUGUCCACAUUGGUCAAAAACAGACCUGAUGAAUGGGACAAACAUUUGGAUGCUGUAAUGUUCGGGUUGAGAACAAAGCGUCAAAUGACGACAAAAUUUUCACCCUUCUUUUUAAUGUUUGGUAGAGAGGCGAGGUACCCCUCUCAAAUCCCAGAUGACUACAGGGUGGAUAGCAGUGUUGAGGAAAAUUUGUCUGUUGAAGAGCUAACAGAGGACAUUCUGAAGCUUGACAAAGUUCUUCAGACUGCAAUCUCAAAUAAUAAAACAACAAAGUCAAAACAAAAUAAAAAAACAAAAGGCAAAGCUACCUCAAACUUUCAUGUGGGCAUGAAAGUGUGGCGGUUGAACGUGAGGAGCCAACAGAGGAAAGGAGGCAAGUUAGAUCCAAACUACCUUGGGCCCUACACUAUAGCCGCUAUUGAAGGAAAAAGUGUGGAUCUUGUGGACAGCCAAGGAGUGACAAUACCAAAAAUUAACACAGAUCACUUGAUGGCAUAUACAGAGGAACACCCAAGAGUUCCACGCAAGUGUUCAGUGGAUUGCUCCACCACUGCCACUACUGGACUGCCCUCUGCUUCUUCCUAUGGGGCAUCUCCACCGCCAGUGCCAUCACCGGCACCAGCAUCUCCGCCGCCAGUGCCAUCACCGGCACCAGCAUCUCCACCACCAGUGCCAUCACCGGAAUCUCCACCGCCAGUGCCAUCACCGGCACCGGGAUCUCCACCGUUAGUGCUAUUACCGGCACCAGCAUCUCCGCCACCAGUGCCAUCACCGGCACCAGCAUCUCCACCACCAGUGCCAUCACCGGAAUCUCCACCGCCAGUGCCAUCGCCGGCACCGGGAUCUCCACCGUUAGUGCCAUCACUGGCAUAUACACCGCCAUUGCCAUCACCGGCAUCUACAUCACCAGUGCCAUCACCGGCGUCUCCACCACUAAUCCAUGUGGUAUCUUCUGCCCCCUCCUCACCGGCAUCUCCACCGCCAGUGCCAUCACUGGCAUCUCCACCACCAGUGCCAUCACCGGCAUCUCCACCACUAAAACAUGUGGUCUAUUCAGCUCCCUCCUCACCGGCAUCUCCACCACCAGUGCCAUCACCGGCAUCUCCACCACUGAUCCAUGUGGUCUCUUCUGCUCCCUCCUCACCGGCAUCUCCACCACCAGUGUCAUCACCGCCAUCUCCACCGCCAGUGCCAUCACCGCCAUCUACACCACCAGUGCCAUCACCGGCAUCUCCACCACUAAAACAUGUGGUCUCUUCAGCUCCCUCCUCACCGGCAUCUCCACCGCCAGUGCCAUCACCGGCAUCUCCACCACUAAAACAUGUGGUCUCUUCAGCUCCCUCCUCACCGGCAUCUCCACCACCAGUCCAUGUGGUCUCUUCUGCCCCCUCCUCACCGGCAUCUCCACCACCAGUCCAUGAGGUCUCUUCAGCUCCCUCCUCACCGGCAUCUCCACCACUAAAACAUGUGGUCUCUUCAGCUCCCUCCUCACCGGCAUCUCCACCACCAGUCCAUGUGGUCUCUUCAGCUCCCUCCUCACCGGCAUCUCCACCACCAGUCCAUGUGGCCUCUUCUGCCCCCUCCUCACCGGCAUCUCCAACACCAGUCCAUGUGGCCUCUUCUGCCCCCUCCUCACCGGCAUCUCCAACACCAGUCCAUGCCACAGCAUCCUCAGGAGUUGUGACUUCAUCAGGGUCCAGCUCUUCAGACAUAGAAUCACGAGUCAAAGAAGCCUGGGAAGGAAAAAGUGUGUAUGUGCUACUCUCAAAAAUAGGGCCAUUCAAACUGUUUUACUCGGAUAUUCAUCACACUGCACCCACACAAUAUUUUGAAAGUGAGGUGAGUUGAUCCAUUUAGAAGCACCAAAUCACUAGUAAAUUUUAAUCUGAACUCUGUUUGUUUUCAAGUUUAAUUGUUUUGGUAGUAAUAUAAGUGCUCGUUACAUCAACGUGAGUAUUGUGUUGCUGUAUCGCAUUAAUUUUAAGGUCAUUUUAUGUUAAAAACUGUGUAGUGUAUGCUGGGACAUUGCACCUUUAAUACAAUAAUUUUAUGAUAAAAACUGUGUAGUGCAUGCUGGCACAUUGUACCUUUAAUACAGUGAGAUGUAUUAGUGUUUUAAGGUAUGUAAAAGAGUACAUUAAGGAGACCCCAUAUUCAUAUAUUACCUCAGGCACAAAGUUGAGAAAUUGCACUGGACACACAACAGCUAAAUGGUACUGAUAGAUGCAACUAUUAAGCAGACUGGAGAUGACAUUUUAAAUAAUUGUUUAUUGAAUAUUAUUAUAGUUGUGUUUUGAUGACCAGUUUGACUUUGUUUGAAUAGAAACAGAUUCACAUGUAUUAUAACACCAAGCAUAGCAAGUGGAUAAUUCAAGUUUUGUCCAACUAAGCUUGUUGGUGUUCCCAUAUAACCCGAUGUUACUUAGGCUACGUGGUAGACCCAGCCAUCUGCGUAGACCCUCCAAAGCUGAUGUAUUAGCUGUUUUUAUACACCUGGUAGGGCACUCUACUUGGGCCCGGUGCUAAGCUCGACCUUGCUCUCCCCACCACUUCCUCCAUUUCCCUCAGGCGGGGCUCCUUCAGGUCGAAGUCUGAUGAAGGCUCUGGUGGUAUUUUCAGCAUGGACCCAGCAGUUAAUAUCUAAUGGAGUCACUGUUGGUGGCCUUGAGGUGGUCGUUUAUGGUCGUUUAUGGCAUCCUUGGAGCAGGUGAGGCGGCCAGCCCUCUUUUGGCCAAGGAGCUGCUUGGUCAACUUUAAUGGGUUGGCCAAGAAUGCUGCCCUCUUCCUAGCUCUCUCAUUCCGCCUCCUUCUGUGGAACUCUGCCCUCCGUAAGGUCAAGAGUUGUUUCCUUAUGAUUGCUCUCAGAUCCGCUAGACCGGCUCUCUCGACUUUCCCUGCUGACUUGUAUUGCCUCUUCAGCUGUCUGAGUUCUUCCCUGAGGCACUGGAUUUUCCUUGCUCUGCAGCUUGGAGCACAUGCCGAUGGAGCUGGCUUGGAUGCCUCGGUUCCAAAAUGCUCAGCUGCAAUGUUCACUAUGAGGGUGGUCAUCAUUUUCAGUCGGUGGUCCAUGUCCCUGUUGGCUGUUACUUCCAGGAUCUGGCUUGCAUCUUCAUCAAAUUGUUGCCACUCAAUUCUCUCGAAUAAUUUGGGCCACUGGAUCCUUGGCUGGAUCAAAGGGGCACAGCCAGUUGUUAUGACUGCACCUUGCUGACUUGGGUUGCUGGGAGAUACUGUCUCGAGUUGUGGUGGCAGGUGAGCUGCUGGCAGCUGAUGUUGGCGACACUAGGAGGCUCUAGGCUCUGUGAGUUGCCUAGCUCCUCCUGCGUUUUACCAGAAGUCACUUCUGUGCAUUGUGUCAUCGCUGCCGCUGUCAAGCAUCUCAUUCUACAUUGAUGGAUUUUUAAACCCCUUACAUUCUUGCAUUCCUGCCACAGCUGCACUCUAUUGUACUCGUCAUUUUUCCUUUGUCAUGUGUCAUUGUCCUUGAGUCCGUCGGGCACCCUUGGGGGUAUCUUUCUUUUGUGGGCUUUGUAGCUUGCUCUGGGUUCUUAGACUGGGUGAACUUAGACUCUUAGAAGUGGUUUGGGCUGCCAACCCUCUCCACCCCAGGUUGCCGUCUCUCAUGUAUCUCUCCAGAUGUCACCACCCAGUCUAUUCCUGGUUGUCACUGGUACUCCCAGAGUAUUUCAAUUUACAUGUAUUAUGUUGUUUAGUGUUUCUUUUAGUUGAGCUCUCGUCUCUUGAGAUUUAGUGAUAGCUUUUUUUUUAUUUAGCCAUUAUAAUAAUGUGUUUGUAAAAAAAGUUAUGUUAGCAAAAGAAGCAAAUACGAACAGAAAUCUGACUCUGAUGAAUUGGCUUAGUUUGCAAAUUGUGUUUUCCAUUAUUUUUUACUGUUUUAUUAUUAACUUUAUUAUAUUUACUAUAGGCUCAUCAGUGGUGACACACAAAUUGUUCAGUUUGUGCAGCAGUGCAUGCUGGCAUAAGAUUUCCAUGCUGUACCAAGCAAAUAUGGUUUCAUGAGAGAUAACUACAUAAUAGAAAUACUUCCCGAUUUUAAAAAUAUUUUAAAGGUUUAAGAUAAUGACUUUAUUUAUUUAUUUAUUUUACUUAUCAGUUUCUAAAGUGUACAGAUUGUAUACCUGUGUUAAUGAAAUCAAACUGUGAGGGAAUGAAGCACUUUAUAACAAUCUCUUUCAACAUUUGAUUCCUUUGCUAAAAUAAUGUUUUACAAACAAAUGGCUAAAGAAAAACUAUAUUCAAAGUUUAAAAUGAAAGUGUCCAUCUAAAGGAAACAUUAAACAACAUUAAACAGAUCACCUCUGUAAAUAUUUUUUCUUAUAAAAAUUUGUAUUUACUAAUGUGUUUAUUUAUUUUGGUCAGGUCAUGAAUGCCUACAUGUACCUUUUGGUACAGAAGUACAACAAGCAUUCAACAGAAAAGGCUGCAUGGAUUGAUUCUUUCGAAAUGAGCGACAUCUGGAAAUAUAAAAGAGCAAAAGUCAAGGUUAGUACACAACUAUUUGCAAACUGCAAUAUAAAUGUGAUUAACACAGGCUUAAGUUCUGUAGUGAUCUUCAUACAGACAGUGUAUUAUACACAAAUUAUAUUUAAUACACAAUUUUAUAUUUAUUAUAUUUAGAUACUUAUAUUCUACAACAGAUACUAAAGGUAAUGUGAGUUUUGGUGCCAUGUCAUCUCCUGUGUGUGUGGGGUGGGGGGGUUCCAGGUGACCUCUUUCUCCUUUUACCUUGGGACACCAGUAAUGGAGUCACCUUGACAAUAUAUAUAAUCCAUCCUGUAGAGCCUCUUACUGUUUUAUCAACACAAGGAAGACACAGUUGUAACAAAAUAUAAUUUUUUAACAAAAGAUAUACACUACCAUUGAAAAGUUUGGAAACAUUUUUGAAAUUCAAUAAAAUUUGGGUCCAAGAAUGGUUUCUUGUGUGUUGCUCACAACACUUCCAAAUGUUUGUGCAUUAAAUGUAGAAUUUAUUUCAUCUGAAAUUUCAGAUGGAUCCAAAAAAAUUCAAAUAUAUCUUGGGGGUCAUCAACGAGCACCACCACUGGACUCUGACGGUAAUGUUUAUGUUUUAUAUGCAGUCUUAGUUAUCUUUUAUUUUCAUGUAGUUGGGUACAAUAUUAUUUUUUUUUAGCAUUUUAGCAUUUAAGGUUUUGUUGUAAUCAUUUGCAAUAUCUUAAUUAUUAAGAUUAUGAUUCCACAAGAGAAGAGGGCUGUGUUCCUGGAUCCUCUAGGGGAGACCACAGCAAAAAUAAAAAAAUGUCAGAAUGUGACAAGGUAAAUCAACAUUUUAAACAAGAUCUUCUAAAAUUCUAAAGGUGUAUCUUAAUAUUCAAUUUUAUUUAAUAAAUAAAGGAUUCAAGAUUUUUAUUGUCAUAUGUACCUAUAUACAACUUAUUUUGUUGUUAUCCCACAAUCAUAAAUUAAAAACCAUAAAUAUUACAGGACCUUCAUGAUACAGAAGGGCUACAACGUGCCCGGAUGGGCAUGUGACACGAUAGCCCAUUCGUGCCAACAGGAUGGCAGUUCCUGUGGGGCUUUUGUCCUGAAAGUAAGUUAAAUGGAUCAUAAUGCCAUAUACUGUUUGAAAUUCUUUCCUCAGCGUAACACCAGGGGUAACAUUAAUGGAGACGGUCACCCUGGAUGGUAGAUGGAUAAUAAAUGGACUGUAAAGAUAAAGAGAGAAUAAAGUUUUUAUUUAAAAAUAUUGUAAUUAAUGGGACCUGCAUUGAAAAAGCACACAAGGAGAUGUUAAGAAGAGUAUUCCUGCUGGCAAUGUAAGUUAAGGGGGACUUUCUCGCACUAAUCAUUCUUGUAGUGACAUCUUUCUUUAGAAUGACCUCACUUGUAUUUUAUUAAAGAAGGACAGUCUUGCAGCAUUAAAACACCAUCAAGAGAAAAUUAAAUAGAUAAAUAAAGAGAAAAUUGUCAUUUUGGGGUGAACUAUGCCUUUGACAAAAUUUAACAACCCCUUGGCAAUUUCUGUGACAAUUUUUUGUGGUGUUCCACCAGCUGUUGACAAAAGUGUUGGAUAAUGUAAACAUUUCAGUUAGAUGACAUUGGAGGAAUUUGGAGGAAUGCCAUCCAGCCUGCUGUCCACUACAAAUUCAACCUUUUUUGCAACAUAAUUAUUUUCAUUAUAUAGCAACCCAUUGUUGUAACUUAUUGGAAUAACAUUGUUUACAUUACAAACACAUCAUUCUUAAUUACAUAAUCCCUUUUCUUUUUUUCUAGUUUGCGGAAUGUUUCUUAAAGAAUGAGCCGCUACACUUUUCCACAGCUGCGGAAAGUGUGGCGGCUCUGAGAAUGCAAAUAGCAUCUUCUCUCCUGCAGAACUCUGGUAUGUUUUAGAUACAAGUCCUUGUUUCAAAUUUCAAAUAUUCAUUUAUUCUUUGGUACCCUAACCAUUUAACAGUGUUGGUAAAAAUGUGAUUACUUAUUUGUUUGUAAAUACUCGUGUUUUAAAAACAUGUUUUAUGAUAACAUUGUUUAUUCUGCCUUGACAUGAUAUUCGACUAGCUGAGCUGAAGGACUUGUGCUAUUUAUGUGGGGAGAAGAGCAGUGGGAAAAAACAGAAAGUGACUAACUGGGUAAGCAUUCCAAAAAAUAUGUUGUCUUUUGUCAGACCUUUAUUAAAUUUGCCAUAUUAAUUGAAGGUGAAAUAAUGUUCAUUUAAGUAUUGUUUGAUAUGGAUUACAGAAAUAUUUAUGCUUGACUUCAAAAUAUAUUUGUCAACAUGUUUAGAUUGGCUGUGAUACAUGUCCCCGGUGGUUCCACUGCAAAUGCGUUCAACGCACAAGGAAGCACAAAACAUAUGUAUGUCCUGUUUGUGAACCUUGAAACAUAAUCAGUUUUUCUGAUCAUUUAUUUUAUCUUAUUUUCGUUUAAUGUUAUUGUUCAGUUUUAUUUCUUUAACAUUUUAGUUAUUUUAAAAGAUAUUAUAUAACUAAAUUUUAAUUUAAACCUCACUGUAACUUCAAAAAUUGUAAAUAAAAACAUUUAAUGAAAUAUUCCCAUCUCAUAUUAUUCAGAAUAACACUGAAUUGAAAAAAAAAAUGUUAUGAAAAAGUGGUACUGAAAGUAAGAUAAUUACGAUAACUUGCAGCAGAUCAGUAACUUGACAUCAUUUUGAGACAGAAUUCUGUAAUCACUUUUCGGCAACUGCAAUUUAAAGGUUUUAUUUACCAUUUAAAGGUGUUACAACAGGUAAAAGGGACUGAAUGAGCUAUAAUCUGUCAAAUAUAACCCUCAUGAAUGAAAUCAAGUCAUUUUGAGGCAGAAAGAACAGUUUAACAACAAAUAGAGGCUGUAAUCACUUUUCGGCAACUGCAAUUUAAAGGUUUUAUUUACCAUUUAAAGGUGUUACAA